AUGGCUGGAACGUAUAAGCUAUACGAAUAUGACCCAUCAACCUCAGCAGCGGUAGCCUUUGCAGUGAUGUUUGCUCUUUCCACAGCGAUGCACCUCGUGCAGGUCUUUCGCAAUAAGAGUUGGUUCUUUACACCUUUUGUCAUAGGUGGAUGCUUUGAGCUUGUUGGUUAUGUAGCACGAUACAUCAGCGCGAAACAAAGUCCGAAUUGGGAAACCAUGCCCUACGUUAUCCAGGAGCUGCUCCUCUUAGUGGCACCAUCACUCUUCGCAGCAUCGAUCUACAUGAUUCUUGGACGUGUUAUUCGACUUCUGAAUGGCGCUUCGAACUCACCAAUCCGGCCAUCAUGGUUGACGAAAAUUUUUGUGACGGGUGAUGUUGUGUCUUUCUUGAUGCAGAGUGGCGGUGGCGGUAUACUUGCGACGGCAAAAUCGGAAUCGAGCAUGAAAACAGGUAACAACGUAAUAAUUGGAGGUCUCAUUGUCCAAGUCAUCUCUUUCAGCAUCUUUAUUACAGUCUCCGUCAUCUUCCAUCGCCGCAUGCUUGCCUCGCCGAUGCACAUGGAAGUCAAGUCUCACAUCCCAUGGUCACGCUAUAUGGCGGUUCUCUAUAUCGGCAGCGCUCUCAUUUUGAUCCGAUCCGCCUAUCGAGUAGUGGAGUACGUGCAAGGAAGCACUGGGUAUCUUCAGAGUAAAGAACCCUUCGUCUACAUCUUUGAUGCAUCCCUGAUGCUCCUCUGCUGCAUCCUAUUCAAUGUAUUCCACCCAAGCAAGCUUCUCUCAAAAUCGAUACAAAACCACGAGGAAAGAGAAGAUUUGGAGAUGAUGAAUGACACCGGAUAUAGAAAUAUGUAA